GCCAGGCCGACUGUCCUAUACUUCUAUUCGUGUCCACAUUUUAAAAAACGAGAUUACUAAAUGGUGAACUGGUGAACAGUACAACACCCCAAAAUGGCUGGAAUUUUUUUCUCGCAAAACAGAAACUACAUGGGUUUGAGACGAAUUCGUAAUUUAAUGCCUGUCGAAUGCAGAAGAGAAGUUAAGGAGUUAUCACGUCUAGCUCUGCCCGUGUUUUUGACAUAUAUUAUGGUGUAUUUGAUCAGCUUUGUCAGUACUGUGUUCUGUGGACAUCUGGGGAGCACAGAGCUGGAUGGGGUAGCUCUAGCCGUAGCUGUUAUCAAUGUUACUGGUGUUGCUGUAGGCUACGGUUUGGCAUCAGCCUGUGACACAUUAAUAUCUCAAACGUUCGGGAGUGGUAACCUCCAGAGAGUCGGUGUCAUUGUACAGAGGGGAAUUCUCAUCUUACUUUUGGCGUGUUUCCCUUGCUGGGCCAUAAUCAAUACAGAGUCAAUACUACUGACAGUGAAGCAAAACCCAGAGUCUGCCAGGCUGUCUCAGAAGUAUGUGAAGAUUUUUAUGCCAGCACUUCCAGCAUUAUACGCAUUCAUUAUUGAGACCACAUAUCUACAAAACCAAGGAAUCAUGUGGCCACUGGUCAUCACUGGAGCUGUAGCAAACAUAUUAAAUGCUCUGUCAAACUAUGUUCUGGUCUUGGUUUUGAACCUUGGUGUCACCGGCUCAGCAGCAGCCAAUGUUAUCUCACAGUAUACAAUGGCUAUUGUGCUGUUUAUGUACAUCCGUUGUAGAGGUCUUCACAAGGACACCUGGAAUGGUUGGUCCGUGGAGUGUCUACAAGAGUGGGACACCUUUAUCCAUCUGGCUAUUCCUGGCAUGCUGAUGCUGUGUGCGGAGUGGUGGACCUAUGAGCUGGGUGCAUUUUUGGCAGGCUUAGUAAGUCAGGUGGAGCUGGGAGCCCAGGCAGUUAUCUACGAACUGGCAAACAUUGCAUAUAUGGUUCCUAUAGGUUUCAGCAUGGCAGGCAGUGUGAGGGUGGGAAACGCAAUGGGAGCUGGAGACACUGCCCGAGCUCAGCUGUCGGCCAAGGUCGGCAUGUCCUGCGCAGUCUCGGUCGCAGUGUGCUUGGCACUCAUCAUCGGCUGUUCCAAAAACACAGUUUCUUACAUCUUUACAAAUGAUGAACAGAUUAGACAGAGGGUUGCCACUGUAAUGGACCUUUAUGCUCCUUUCCAUAUACUUGACGCAACAGCGGCAGCUGCUGGCUGUAUUGUUCGCGGCUUAGGGAAACAAAAGCUUGGGGCGAUUGCAAAUCUGUGUGGAUACUAUGGUGUGGGCUUUCCAAUUGGAGUUUCACUGAUGUUCGCAGCCAAGCUAGGAAUUUUUGGUCUUUGGAUUGGCCUUUUAAUUUGUGUGCUCCUUCAGUCAGCCUUCUUCAUAGUGCUCCUGCUCAAGAUGAGCUGGCCAAAAGCCACCGAAGAGGCUCAGAUCAGGGCAGGAGUGCAGCCCAACAGGACCGAGGACGCCUCGGCAGAGCAGCCGGGAGCCGUGGAGCCCAGGGACCUCGGCCGCCCCACUGACACGGACGCGCUGCUGGAGCCGCCGUGCAUCUGCACGGUGGGGAAGCCGCUGCCACUGAGGAUCCUGGUGUUGCGCCGCGGCUUCACCUUAGUGCUCAUGCUCAGUGUGCUGGCUGGAGGACUGGUCCUAAACAUGACUCUGAACAGGUAGAGGGCUGGCAGAAGAGCAGCUUGCGCUGGCAGCCAUGGUGCUCGGAUUAAGCUCUGGAGAACACGAUGCAAGUAGUAAAAAAGCCACCUGAGAGAAUUGCUAUCCUUUAGUUUUAUUUAUGGGUAUUUGUAUCUGCGACUGUUCUUAGUCAGGAGACUAUGUGACGGUAUAAUGCUACAAGUGAUUAAAUAUUUACAAUCUGU